CAAAAGUCACUCGCUAUUUCUGUUCAUAAACACUCGACACUCUCCCCCCUCUCUCUCUCCAUUCGAAAAUCUUCUUUCCUGUUUCUGUUUAUCUUCUUCAAGGAUUCUCGGAGAGAGAGAGAGAAUUCCCGGACGUCAUUUUUGCCCUAAAGAUGUCGAGCAAUCAGAGCCGGCGACCUUCGUUUUCCUCUUCGACAAUGUCGUCCAUGGCGAAGCGUCACGCGACGUCUUCCUCGGAAAACUUCGGGAAACCGACGUUGGCGGCGCCGGCGGCUCCGAGGUUGACGAAGAAGCGAGCCCCACUUGGUAACAUCACCAAUCAGAAGAAUGGGUCCCGGAUCCCGAAUUCCUCGUCUACUUCGGCCCAUUGCUCGAACAAGUCUGCCAAAAUCAAAGUAGCACCUACUCAAACUGCUUGCUUAUACACCGAUUCAGCGAGCACCGGCCUGCGUGCCCAGCCGAUUGUCCAAACAAGCUCGGUUGUUCCCGGAAAAGAUACGUCGUUGCCUUGUCGAGAUGAAAAUGCAUCUGCCACUGCCGUAAUUUUUCCAAACCAAUGUGAAAACGAAGCAUCUUCUCCCAUUCAAUUCGAAGAUGUUUCAGUUUCUAUGGAUGAGUCGAUGUCAACUUGUGAUUCCUUCAAGAGCCCACAAGUAGAGUAUAUCGACAAUGGCGAAGUUUCCGCUGUAGAAUCUAUCGAGAGGAAGGCAUUGAGUAAUCUGUAUAUAGCAGAGAAUUCAGAGACAAGUAACUUUUGCAGCAGAGAUACUCUGUCUGAGAUGGAGAUCGACAAAGACAAAGUCUUGAACAUUGAUAGUGACUAUGAUGAUCCGCAGCUAUGUGCAACAUUUGCCUGUGAUAUUUACAAACAUCUGCGUGCUUCCGAGUUUCAGGCAAAGAAAAGGCCGGCGGCAGAUUUCUUGGAGCGAGUUCAGAAAGACAUAAACGCUAGCAUGCGUAGCAUACUCAUUGAUUGGCUUGUUGAGGUUGCGGAAGAGUAUAGGCUUGUACCCGAUACACUAUACUUGACAGUGAACUACAUAGAUAGAUAUCUUUCCGGAAAUGUGAUUAGCAGACAGCGACUCCAGUUGCUUGGUGUCACUUGUAUGAUGAUAGCAGCAAAAUAUGAAGAGAUUUGUGCUCCUCAGGUGGAAGAAUUUUGUUACAUCACCGACAAUACAUACUUCAAGGAAGAGGUUCUGGAAAUGGAAUCUUCUGUUCUAAAUUACUUGAAGUUCGAAAUGACGGCUCCAACUAUCAAAUGCUUCCUGAGACGCUUUGUCCGCGCGGCUCAGGGGAUUACCGAGGCUCCUUCGAUGCAAUUAGAGUGCUUAGCAAACUACAUCGCCGAGUUAUCUCUACUCGAAUACAGCAUGCUCCCUCAUCCUAUGUCUCUUGUAGCCGCAUCCGCGAUUUUCUUGGCUAAAUACAUCUUAGAUCCCACAAGAAGUCCAUGGAACUCCACGUUGAAACAUUACACAUUAUAUGAGGCGUCGGAUUUGAGGAAAUGCGUGAAGGAUCUUCACCGGUUGUGCUGUGGCGCCUGCACUUCCACUCUGCCCGCAGUGAGAGAGAAGUACAGCCAACACAAGUACAAGUUUGUGGCGAGGAAGUUCUGUCCUCCCAUAAUCCCACCGGAGUUCUUCCACAACAACGAAUCUUAGGGCAAGAUUCCAAGGGAGCUGUUCCAAUGUUUGAAUAUAAAUUAGUCUUUUUUUCUUCCCUUUAGAUUUCCAAAAUGGCUUGGUCCACGAUCUCAUCUCAAGAACCGUGUGAUCUCAUCUCAAGAAUCAUAAUGAAACUGUUUAUUUUUCAUCA